GCAUACGGGAUAUCUUGAUCUACCAUUCGACAGUGAGUAGAGCGUGACGCCUGCUACUGCUGCCGAACCAUCGCUGAUGCUGCUUUUCCAGGUCAGCUUCUCCGCACAUACCGUCAUCGGCACCGUCCUGUUCGCAUUCGCAUGGCUGCAACCAUUCCUUGGAGUGGCACACCACUACAUCCUCCUCAGCACCAACAAGCGCACCUUGAUGUCAGCGAUGCACAUCCUCUUUGGCAGGAUCUUGAUCAUUUUGGGGAUGAUUAAUGGAGGACUCGGUCUUGCACUGGCGGAGCAAAGCACCCGAGCCGAGAACAUCAUCUAUGGCACGCUGGUUGGUAUCAUAUGGGUGGCAUACACCCUCGUCACUCUAGGGUAUGAGGUCAAGCGAGACAAUCAAGCGCAAUGGGCUCUUAAAAGGGCCGGGAGUACAGAUGACAGCGAGCGUUCAACCAGUAUCAAGCAGGUCUCUGGCGAGGUUGUGAAGUCGGAGAUGUUGUAGCUGCAAACGGGAGACGAAGUCCAUGUAUACCUGAUGUUCACAACGUUUUCGCACCAGGCCAGCUCACAUGUGUGUCACCAUUAUCGAUCCGGCAGCCACGCACUGAAGGAAGCAUUGCGAGGAAGGUCGAC